UCUCAAGCGCACCGUGCCACCUUCUCCUAGCGCCACCACCACUAUCUCCCAGCUCGUCACUUUGCUCCACUCCUCCCUUCUUAACCCGACGGCCGCCGCGGCCACCACCACCACCCCAUUCUGGCCGGCGCCAUGUUCCUCAGCACGGCCAGCUUCGUCGUCGCCGGCGCCGCCGCCGUCGCACGGCCGGAGCAGCCGGCAGUGCUCGGCCGGGACCAGAGGAAGUUGCCCGGCUCCUCCUGCAGGGCAACAAGAAGUGCAGCAGCAUCCAAUGGCUUCAGGACCUACUGCAUGAAGACAUGGAACCCUUUCACCAACAGGAGGUACGAGGCGAUGUCCUACCUGCCUACCCUGACUGAGGAGUCCAUCGUGAAGGAGGUAGAGUUCAUCAUGUCCAAAGGAUGGGUCCCUUGCCUCGAGUUUGACAAGGAGGGGAAGAUCCAUCGGAGCAACAGCAGGAUGCCGGGGUACUACGACGGGAGGUACUGGACGCUGUGGAAGCUGCCCAUGUUCGGCUGCUCCGACGCGGCGGCGGUGCUCCGGGAGGUCGACGAGUGCCGGCGGGAGUACCCCGACGCCUUCGUCCGCCUCAUCGCCUUCGACAGCAGCCGCCAGUGCCAGUGCAUGUCCUUCGUCGUCCACAAGCCACCCUCCGCCGCCGCCGGCGAAGCUGAAUGAACCAAGCCUCAUGCAUUCUUCACUUACAUGUGCUUGUGCUGUACUUGUUUCAGUUCAGCUUCAACCUUUUGUAACUUCGUUUUUCAGUUCAGCUUCGGUACUGUAAUAAUGUUGAUUUUGGGUGUCAUGAACUCAAGAUCAUCCUUCUAAUAAUCACGCGUUAGCUUGAGAAGGUUGUCUGUAUUGAUGUGAUGUGUGUGCCGUCGCUGAUCUGUAACAGAUGACCCGGAUGAAUUGCUUGAACUCUUUCAUCGCAAUCACAAGACAAUGGGUCAUGGGAGAAGCAGGCAAAACUGCAGGAAACAGGCUAUGAACCAA